CCCAGGUGGGGCUCCAUGGGCUUCGGGGUCCCCAGUGGGAAUCCGGUGUAUGACUCUUACUACAAGCAGGUGGACCCGGCCUACACAGGCAGAGUCGGGGCGAGCGAGGCUGCGCUGUUCCUGAAGAAGUCGGGGCUGCCGGACACCACCCUCGGGAAGAUAUGGGACCUGGCGGACCCAGAAGGUAAAGGGUUCCUGGACAAACAGGGCUUCUACGUGGCGCUGAGGCUGGUGGCCUGUGCGCAGAGCGGCCACGAGGUCACGCUGAGCAACCUGACCCUGACCAUGCCGCCGCCCAAGUUUCACGACACCAGCAGCCCCCUGAUGGUCACGCCGCCUUCCGCGGAGGCCCCCUGGGCGGUGCGGGUGGAGGAAAAGGCAAAAUUCGAUGGCAUUUUUGAAAGCCUACUGCCUGUCAAGGGCCUGCUGUCUGGAGAUAAGGUCAAGCCGGUCCUCAUGAACUCGAAGCUGCCUCUCGACGUCCUGGGCAGGGUCUGGGACCUGAGUGACAUCGACAAAGAUGGGCACCUGGACCGCGACGAGUUUGCUGUGGCCAUGCACUUGGUGUACCGGGCCCUGGAGAAGGAGCCCGUGCCAUCUGUGCUGCCCCCGGCGCUCAUCCCACUGUCUAAGCGCAAGAAGCCGGUGUUCCCCGGGGCCGUGCCCGUGCUGCCUGGCAGCCCCCCGCCCAAGGACAGCCUGCGCUCGACACCCUCGCAUGGCAGCGUCAGCAGCCUCAACAGCACGGGCAGCCUGUCCCCCAAGCAUGGCCUCAAGCAGGCACAGCCGGCAGUGGCCUGGGUGGUGCCAGUGGCCGACAAGAUGCGCUUUGACGAGAUCUUCCUGAAGACCGACCUGGACCUGGACGGAUAUGUGAGCGGCCAGGAGGUGAAAGAGAUCUUCAUGCACUCGGGCCUCACGCAGAGCCUGCUGGCCCACAUCUGGGCCCUGGCCGACACGAGACAGAUGGGGAAGCUAAGCAAGGACCAGUUCGCACUCGCCAUGCAUUUCAUUCAGCAGAAGGUCAGUAAGGGCAUCGACCCUCCGCAAGUGCUCUCGCCGGACAUGGUCCCACCCUCGGAGCGCGGCACCCCAGUCCUGGACAGCGCGAGCUCCCUGGGGUCUGGGGAGUUCACCGGGGUGAAGGAGCUCGACGACAUCAGCCAGGAGAUCGCCCAGCUGCAGAGAGAGAAGUACUCCCUGGAGCAGGACAUCAGAGAGAAGGAGGAGGCCAUCCGACAGAAGACCAGCGAGGUGCAGGAAUUGCAGAAUGACUUGGACCGGGAGACGAGCAGUCUGCAAGAGCUCGAGGCCCAGAAGCAGGAUGCUCAGGACCGGCUGGACGAGAUGGACCAGCAGAAGGCCAAGCUGCGGGACAUGCUGAGCGACGUCCGGCAGAAGUGCCAAGAUGAGACGCAGAUGAUCUCCUCGCUGAAGACCCAGAUCCAGUCGCAGGAGUCCGACCUGAAGUCGCAGGAGGACGACCUGAACCGCGCCAAGUCGGAGCUGAGCCGGCUGCAGCAAGAGGAGACGCAGCUGGAGCAGAGCAUCCAAGCCGGGCGCGCGCAGCUGGAGACCAUCAUCAAGUCGCUCAAGUCCACGCAGGACGAGAUCAGCCAGGCGCGGAGCAAGCUGUCCCAGCUGCACGAGAGCCGGCUGGACGCGCAGCGGAGCCUCGAGCAGUACGAGCAGGCGCUGGACGGCGCGGGCCUGGCCGAGCUGACUGCCCUCAGCGAAGGCGUCGCCCUGGCCGAGCGGGGUGGCUUCGGAGCCAUGGACGACCCUUUCAAAAGUAAAGCCUUGUUGUUUAGCAACGACGCCCAGGACCUGCACUCGGACCCCUUCCAGGCGGAGGACCCUUUCAAGGCCGACCCCUUCAAAGGCGCCGACCCCUUCAAAGGUGACCCGUUCCAGAGCGACCCCUUCGCCGAGCAGCAGGCGGCGGCUGCAGAUCCCUUUGGAGGAGACCCCUUCAAAGAAAGCGACCCAUUCCGCGGCUCUGCCCCUGAGGACUUCUUCAAGAAGCCGCCAAAGAGCGACCCGUUUACCUCAGACCCCUUCACGAAGACCUCGUCCCUCCCUUCAAAGCUCGACCCCUUCGAGUCCAGCGACCCCUUCUCCUCCAGCGCCUCCUCUAAAGGAUCAGACCCCUUCGGGACCCUGGACCCCUUCGGGAGCUGGGCCUUCAGCGGUGCCGAGGGCUUUGCUGACUUCAGCCAGAUGUCCAAGGGAGCCCAGGUGUGCAGGCCCCUCCCGUGAGGUUCGGACACACUCGCCGCCCUCCCCAGCGUCCGGCAGCAGGGGUGGCGUGGAGGCCGCGUGGGGCUCGCAGGCGACGUCUGUCCGGUGCGCACACGGCUUGUGCUCUCCACGAGGCGGUGGGCCCUCCCUGUGGCCCGGCACAGGGGCAGCCUUGGCAUGGUCCCCGGCCCUGCCUUCCCACCCUGCUCCGCCCGGGCUCUGCUAUGGUUGGCACUGGGCUUCUGGAGAAGCCUGUGAGUCCUCAGGCCCUGCCCCAGAGUGCCAGCGGAGGUGUCCCCACUCUGCCCACACGGCACCACGGUCUGAAGAGGGCCCCCUGCCUAUGUUGCCCUCCAGGGCCCUCCCAGCGCCUGAGAGGCAGUGGGGCCACGUGGGAACGGGGCUCAGGGGGACCCAGUUCUGGACAUGUCCGGGCUAGGCCUGCAGGGCAGGUCAGCAGGACCAGGACUGGCAGCCUGUCCGGCUUGGGAGCAUCCCCACUGAGGCCUCCCGCCCAGCUGGCCGAGCUGUCCAGCUGUCCCCGGGCAGGCCGGUUGACGGGAGCCGCCCACCUGCUCCCUGCUCCAGGCACGGCCAGGGCGACGGGGCGUGUGCUCGCUCGGCCGGGACCCCGUGCCCCUGGGCCACGCACUGAUUUUCAAGAACAACAGCGGGGUAUAAAUAAACGUGGAGGAAAUGAAA